UGACGUGGUCAUGUGAUACGAUGUUACGGAAGUCCAGAAAAUACGUCUUGCUAAACAAGAAGCUGCGCAAGAAUAAACGAAACCUGAAGCUAAUUAUUAUAGCUAAUUAUUAAAUCUCUCUUUGGUCACCGUUCAGGCAACACAUGGUCAGGAUGACACAGAGGCACUGCCUGGAGGGCCAGGUGUACUCGGUGCCUCUCAUUCAGCCGGAGCUGAGGCGGGAGGAGGCCGUUCUUCAGAUCGCAGAUGCACUGCUGUACUUGGAGGUUAUUUCUACAGACAUUUUCAGAAGGGUCUCGGAAAGCGUAGAGAAAAACCGGCGGCAGCUGCAGAGCGUCUCUGACCGGAUCAGACUAGCUCAGGCCCGCGUCGACAAGAUUAAAGGAAGUAAGAAGGCUACAAAGGUUUUCUCCAGUGCCAAGUACCCGGCUCCCGACCGGCUUCAGGACUACUCGUCCAUCUUUACCGGGGCCACAGACCCUUCCUCUCAAACCCGUCCUCGCCGCAAGAUACAGAAUAAACUUCGACCUUUUGAUGAGAAGGUCUGGCAGGAGAAGUUAACGUAUUUCCCGGUGUGCGUGAGCAACAAGAAGAAGUCUGAGGACGAGACGGAAGAAGGAUUGGGCAGCCUGCCGCGAAACAUCUCGUCCGUCAGCUCCCUGUUGCUCUUUAACACCACGGAGAACCUGUAUAAAAAGUAUGUGUUCCUGGACCCUCUGGCCGGAGCAGUGACCAAAACGCACCACACCCUGGAGACAGAAAAGGAGCAGAAACCGUUUGAUGCCCCUCUGUCCAUCACGACGAGGGAGCAGCUGGAGAGACAGACGGCAGAAAGUUAUUUCUACGUGCCAGACCUGGGUCAGGUGCCGGAGAUAGAUGUGCCGUCCUACCUGCCCGACCUUCCAGGCAUCGCAGACGAUCUGUCGUACAGCGCCGAUCUCGGACCUGGGUUCGCCCCGUCGGGACCCACCCUCAACAUCCCGGAGCUGCCCUCCUUCACUGAGGAGAGCGUCGCCCCAGGCCCUGAGCUCCAAAAUAAUCUCCCACCACCGCCCCCGCCUCCUCCCCCACCCCCUCCCCCUGAGCCUGCCCUCCCUCCCGUUACACCUGCAGGAGCUCCUCUCACUUCUCCCCCUCCGCCGCCGCCUCCUACCACAGAGGCUGCUCCGACACCAAGUUCAGGCCCCGUAUCCGGCGCUCCGAGCGAGGUGGUGCAGCCCUCGGACGGCCGCGCCAGCCUGCUGGAGUCCAUCCGCAACGCCGGGGGCAUCGGCAAAGCCAAGUUACGCAACGUUAAAGAACGCAAAAUGGAGAAGAAGAAACAAAAAGAGCAAGAGCAAGCAGUUGGAGCGGCAUCUAGUGGCGGAGACUUUAUGUCCGAUCUCUUCAAUAAACUUGCCAUGCGCAGGAAAGGAAUAUCAGGGAAGGGCCCAGCAGGAGGCGAGUCAGGAGAAGCUCCAGCCGGUACUGGAGGCGCGUUCGCCAGGAUGUCAGACGUCAUCCCACCCCCUCCCGGCCCACACUCGGCAGCCGACGAUGACGACUGGGAAGCGUAACAUGACGGACAAUGAACGACAACGGAGAUCGUUUUUGUAUUGCAGAAGUUGUAUUUUCUUUACAUAAUACAAAAGAAGUCAAUAGCCAGGAGUGGGGAAAAAAACUGGCUGGCUAAAUAAUGCCACUUAAUACAAUGGAGUAGAAAUUAAAUAACAUGAAUACAAACUUAAAUAAAACGAAAUGUUUAAUAAAUCCCAAAUUUGUACAGAACCUUGUAGAAAUAAAAAGCAUUUAGCAAGCAGAAUUACAUAAUGAAUUUCAUGAAAUGUUAACAUUUCUGUUAUGAAGUCGGAUAUUUCUCCAUCAGCGCUGUGCCUGACAACUAUUUCAGUUACAUUUAACAUAGAAAAUAGCUUUUAAUCACUUUUUAAAACCACUAACAUCCUGACUAAAACCCGUUGACAACCCAGAACAUGUCAUAAAAUAAUUUUUAACAUGUAAAAUAAAGAUGAUAUGAGAACACAAAAAAA